UUGUUGUAUUGAAGGAUCCAUAACCAUGGAAGAAUUGGCAGUAGUGAUCCAGGCAUUAGAUGUAAACCCUACAAAAGAAGAAGUUCAAGGCAUGAUUAGUGAGGUUGAUGUUCAAGGAAAGGGGACCAUCGAUUUCGAUGAUUUCUUAAACAUUAUGGCAAGAAAAAUGAAGGAAAAUGUGAUCGAUGAACUACAAGAAGCUUUCAAAGUAUUUGACAGAGAUCAAGAUGGAUUCAUAUCAGCAAACGAGUUGAGACAAGUGAUGAUGAAUUUGGGAGAAAGACUAACAAUGGAAGAAGCAGAACAGAUGAUCAGAGAGGCCGACUUAGAUGGUGAUGGACUAGUCAGCUAUGAGGAGUUUGCAAGGGAUGAUGGCCUUUUGAAAAAACAUCUAACUCAAAUCGGAAUUAUUGUUAACUUCCUUUUAUUUUUCUUUGUUGGGGAAUGGAGAUUCUUCUUCUUCUUCUUCCCCUACAUCGGCACCUUGUGCCAUAUACUGCAAAUAACUGUAAGCAUUGACGAAGAAUGAAUAUACAAAUUCCACAUAUUCACAAACAGUUCAAGCAUG